CAUGCUGGAGGCGCCCGGGCGGCGGGCGCGCGCCGCGGAGCACCAUGCCCUUCCUGCACGGCUUCCGCAGGAUCAUCUUCGAGUACCAGCCCCUCGUCGACGAGAUCCUGGCGCUGCUGGAGCUGCCGGGGGCUGCGGAGCGGCAGAGCGCCCUGCAGAGCGCCGCCUGUCUGGGCGGUGACAGGAGCUGCCUGUGCGCCGUGAGACGGGUCUUGGAGAGGGAGACGCAUUCCCCGUUCUACCAGGAGGGCGUGAGCUACGCCCUGCUCAAGGUCGCCGAGCUGGGGCUCGUCCCCGCGGCAGAAAUCCUCCUGGAGUUCGGCGCCGAGCUCAGCUUUGAAGAUCCAGUGACCUACUACACCCCCCUGCACAUCGCUGUGCUCCGCAACCAGCCGGACAUGGUGGAGCUCCUGGUGCGCCACGGGGCCGACAUCAACCGCAGAGACCGGAUCCACGAGAGCAGCCCCCUGGACCUGGCCAGCGAGGAGCCCGAGCGGCUGCCCUGCCUGCAGCGGCUCCUCCAGCUGGGGGCCGACGUCAACGCAGCCGACAAGAACGGAAAGACAGCGUUGUUGCAUGCCCUGGCCAGCAGUGAUGGAGUCCAGAUCCACAACACCGAGAGCAUCCGUCUCCUCCUGGAAGGAGGCGCGGAUGUGAGGGCCACCACCAAAGACGGUGACACUGUCUUCACCUACAUCAUUUUCCUGCUGGGGGAGACGGUGUGCAGCAGCGCGGAGGAGGCGCAGGUGAUCAAUCGCUUCUGCUUCCGCGUCACCCAGCUGCUGCUGGCCCACGGUGCUGACCCCAGCGAGUGCCCGGCCCCCGAGUCCCUCACCCACCUCUGCUUCAAAAGCUUCAAGCGCCACUUUCGGCUGCUGCGGUUCCUGCUGGAGUCGGGCGCCGCCUACAACUGCUCCCUGCACGGCCCCUCGUGCUGGUCAGGCUUCCACAUCGUCUUCGAGUGCCUCUGCUCUCACCUCAGUGUCUCUGAAGAUGACAGCUUCUGCACAGAGCUCAUCCAGAAGGCUCAGGUUCUGCUGGAGCUCAUGAUGGCCAGUUCACAAGCCGUCCGGCUGCCCGCUGACUUUGAGGUGAACACCAGCAGCUGCAGGUAUCACGGGGAGAAGAUCAGGACCCUGUUUUGCUCAUUGAAGCAGCUGGAGCGUUCUCCCCAGGGGCUGAAACAUCUCUGCCGCGUGUUCAUCCGGCAGCGCCUUAAGCCGUGGCCGGUGGAUGUCAAAAUCAAGGCCCUACCUCUGCCAGACAGGCUGAAGUGGUACCUCCUCAUUGACCACGCUGCUGCUGGGCACGAGGAGCUCUGAGCCCAGCCAGGGUCUCCUCCACCUCCCG